AAGCUUGCCCUGUCGGGCGUUUCGUCAAGUUUGUUCUAUAUUCUCUCUCUCUCGUUCAGAGGCUAUUCUCGAGGUUUGCUCAUGGCUUCGAAGCGGAUCUUGAAGGAGCUCAAGGAUCUCCAGAAGGAUCCUCCUACCUCUUGCAGUGCUGGGCCAAACCAGGCACCAGCUCAGGAGAAAUUGAUGGCACAAUUGAGGAAAGCUGAAGGAAAAGAAGGAAUCAAAGAGGAGGAGGAAAGCCCAAGUGGAUGGAGGAGAGAGGGGGGAAGGAAGAAGAAAGCACCGAAAAAAAAUGUGAAUAGCUGGCUCAAUCGCAGAUAUUAUGCCACAGCAGCCAGCAGGCCCAGCACCUAUCAGGCCCUGUAGCUGAAGACAUGUUUCACUGGCAAGCAACAAUAAUGGGUCCCCCUGACAGCCCUUAUUCUGGGGGUGUAUUUUUAGUUACUAUUCAUUUUCCUCCUGACUAUCCAUUUAAGCCACCAAAGGUUGCAUUUAGGACAAAGGUUUUUCAUCCAAAUAUCAACAGUAAUGGCAGCAUUUGCCUCGACAUUCUAAAGGAGCAGUGGAGCCCUGCCCUGACAAUAUCCAAGGUGUUGCUCUCUAUAUGUUCACUGUUGACGGAUCCAAACCCAGAUGAUCCCUUGGUGCCAGAAAUUGCUCAUAUGUACAAGACAGAUAGGGCCAAGUACGAGGCAACUGCUAGGAGCUGGACCCAGAAGCAUGCAAUGGGCUAGUGCUUUGUGGUUGGGAGAUUUAGGAUAUCAGUCAAAUCAUUGUUAUGUAUAAAUGAUGUGUGUGAUCCGUUUCUUUACUCUUACAUUGAAAAAGUGAAGAAUAGAUUUAUACAGUUCACCCCAUGAAAACAAGAUGUUAGGUUAUUGGUAUGGAAAAUGAUCUUGAAUGUGAAAGAUUGUAGUUGUUCAAUAUACCAUUUGUUUUGUGUC